AUGACAAGUUUUAAUAGUUUAUAUGAAGAUGAAGAUAAUAACAAUACUAUUAGCAGUAGUAGUAGUAGUGGCAGUAGUAUAAAUAAUAAUAAUAAUAAAAAUGGGAAUCCAUUAUCAUUAUCAUCAAUGAUACCAAUUAGGAAUAGGAAACUUAGUGAUCCAACAUCAUAUGAUAAUAAUAGUAAUAGUAGUAUCAAUAUCGAAAAUGAUUAUUUAAUGGAAAAUCAUCAAAGCCCAAAUAAUAGUAGUAAUAACCUAUUACCAUUUCUAAUACCAUCAGUUAAUUUAUCAUCAGAUAAUAGUGAAAAUAGUAAUAGUAAUAAUUAUUUAUCAAAUCCAAUGGGAGGUAGAGCAUCAUCAUUAUCAUUAGGUAGUAGUAGUGAUAAUGCAUAUAUAAAAAAUUUACAUCAUGGUGGGGGAUAUCAUAAUCAACAGCAUCAUAAUUAUAAUCAACAACAACAACAACAACAACAACAAUUACAGCAGCAACAACAACAACAACAACAACAACAACAACAACAACAAAAUAAUUUAAAUAAUCAAAAAAAAAAAUAUAAAAAAAGUGAAAGAAAUUUAAUGUGUUGGGUAUCAUUUGUAUUGGUGAUCACUCAAUUAUUAGGUAUAUUUAUGUUUUCACAAGGAUUUUUCCCAAGAAAGACAACAUUGGAAGGAUAUAAUUCAUUUGCAAAUUAUGAACCAUCAUGUACAGCAGAUAAUGGUGAUAUAAAAGUAGAAGCACAAUUUGGAAAGGUUGUAUUCAUGUUGGUAGAUGCAUUUAAGAGUAAUUUUCUAUUUGGUGAAGAGAAUUCACAAGCGAUGAGCUUCACACAAUCCCUAUUGGAUAGUGGUAGAGCACAUGGUUAUAUUGCUCGUGCUGAUGCACCAACUGUGACACUACCAAGAAUAAAAGCAUUGUUAAGUGGUGGUAUACCAAGCUUUGUUGAUUUUGUUAAUAAUUUCAAUAGUCAAACACUAAAGGAGGAUAACAUUCUAUAUCAAAUGAAACAAUCAAAUAAAUCAAUGUUAUUCUUUGGCGAUGAUACUUGGUUAAAACUAUUCCCUGACUACUUCAAACGACAUGAUGGUACAACUAGUUUCUAUGUUGCCGAUACUGUAGAAGUUGAUUUAAAUGUCACUAGACAUUUAGAACCAGAAUUAAAUAAUAAUGAUUGGGAUGUUAUGUUUUUACAUUACCUUGGUUUAGAUCAUAUAGGUCAUUUGGAAGGUCCACAUUCUAAUCUAAUGAAACCAAAACAAAAAGAAAUUGAUAAUAUCAUUAAAUUAAUACAUACAAAAUUAUUAGAAAAAGAUAAAAUUGAAAUGGAAAAUUAUUUAAAUUUAAUUAAUAAUACAAAUAAUAAUAAUAAUAAUAAAAAUAAAAUAGAAAAACCACUACCAACAUUAUUUAUAUUUUGUAGCGAUCAUGGUAUGAAUGAAAUUGGUAAUCAUGGUGGUUCAUCAGAUUCAGAAACUUCUGCUGUACUGGUUUUAAUGAGUUCUUUAUAUUAUAAUCAAAAUGAUAUAAUAGUUGAUCAUAAUAAUUUUGAAAUUAAAAAUCAUCAUAAUGAUAAUAAUAAUAAUAAUAAUAAUAAUAAUAAUAAUAAUAAUAAUAAUAAUAAUACAGAAAUAAAUAAUAAUAAUAAUAAUAAUAAUAAUAAUAAUAAUAAUAAUAAUAAUAAUAAUAAUAAUAAUAAUAAUAAUAAUAAUAAUAAUAAUAAUAAUAAUAAUAAUAAUAAUAAUAAUAAUAAUAAUAAUAAUAAUAAUAAUAAUAAUAAUAAUAUAAAUGAUAAUAAUAAAACUGAAGAAUUAAUAACCAAAAAAGAAAUUGAAGAUAAUUUAAUGAUUGGACAAGGUAGAAGUGAUACACAUUAUCAUGAUCCAGAGAUUUUACCAAAAUUUCAACCAGGAUUACCACCAAAAGAGAUUAGUCAAGUUGAUUUAGUACCAACAUUAUCAUUGCUAUUAGGAUUACCAAUACCAAAGAAUUCAUUGGGUAGUUUAAUACCGGAACUAUUUGAAAAGUUUAUACCAAGUGAACAAUAUUUACGUGCAUUAGAGAUUAAUUGUCAACAACAAAUUGAAAUUAUUAAACACAACUCGAUCUUUUGGAAGGAUGGAGUUGCCUCAAAUGCUCACAUUUCAUCAUUAUUGAAAAUGUUUACAGAUGCUCAACAAUAUCAUAGUAGUUGGAUUACAACUCCUUCACAUUCAAGUUUCAAUGAUAAUGCAGCUGAGCUAUACUUGGAAUUCUUAUCAAAGGUUCAAGAUCAAUUCAAAUCAUUAUUAACAACAUUUGAUGAUAAUUUAUUAAUGGUUGGUAUACUAUUAAUUGGUUCAAGUGCAUUAGUUACCCUAUUAAUUACAAUCUCUACCAUUGGUGUCUCUGAACAUAAUGGUACUUUUGAAAUCAAAGGUGUUAAAUUUGUAAUGACAUUCGUUGGUUUAAUCAUUAUUCUUUUAACAAUUCAUUUUGGUAUCAUUUGUAAAAGUAAUAAUAAUAAUAAUGAUUCAUCAUCUUUGGAUGAUGGAUCAUCAUCAUCACCAUCUAAAAUUAUAAAUAAUUUAAAUCCAUUUUGUACAAAUGAAUUUAGAUAUGGUGUAUUUAGUUUUAUAUUUACAGCAUUAUCAUUAUUAAUUGGUUUCAAUGCUUUAUUUUCAAAGAAUAAUAUUAAGUUUUGGAGUCUUGCAACAUUAUCACCAUUACAAUUAAGAAAAGAGAAAUAUGUUUUAAUAGUUGGUACCAUUUUACAUUUAAUUAGUUUAUUUGGUAGUUCAUUGGUUGAAGAAGAACAUUUAACUUGGUAUUUUUUAACAACUUCAGUUAUAUUACUUCAAAUGGCUCCUCAUUCAAUUAGUUUAUUCUUUUAUUUUACAAAUUGGAUAUCAUCAUAUACUACUAAUAAUAGUAAUAAUAAUAUUAUUAAUAAUAAUAAUAAUAGUAAUAAUAAUAAUAAUAGUAAUAAUAAUAAUAAUAAUAAUAAUAAUAAUAUUAAUAGUAGUACUGGUAUUAAUAGUUAUAAUACAAAUCAACAAAAUCGUAAUACAAAACAACAACAACAAUCACUUCAACAAAUGUUUAUUCUAUUAGGUAUUUUAGUUUGUUUAAGAAUCUUUAGAAUUUGGAAUCAAACUGGUAUAAAAUGGAUGGAUGAUCCAAAACUUUUGGAAGAGGGAUCAUCUUAUAUUGAUGUUGGUAGAUUUUUGAAUGCUCCAAAUAUAAUUAGCUCAACAACUAUGUGGAUAUUAUCAUUGAUUAGUAUUAUUGCUCCAUGUUAUUAUGUUUUUGGUGUAUUGGAUGAUUUAGAGGAACAACGUGGUGGUAUUUCAACAUUGUUAUCAAAGAUCUACAAAACAACCAUUGUAAUAUUAUCAGUAUUCUUAUUUUGUUAUAAAUGGGAAUACAUUGGUAAAGAAUUAAUUAAUCCAGCCUAUAUUGCAAGAGUGGUUUAUUUUUGUUGGGCCAUUUUACAAGUUAUCACUUUUUCAUUCCCAUAUUUCUCAAAAAAGGAUAGAGUUUCAAUUCAACUUCAACAACAGAAUCUAAUAAUAUUACCACAAACUUGGUUCAUUGCAACUUUGAAAUAUUUACCAACAUUGGUAACCGUUAAUAUGUAUAUGCUAUUCCUAUUGCUACAUAAAGUUCACAAUAUGUUCCUACUCACAAUAAUGGGUGUUAUUGCACAUUACUACAUUCUCUACCUCCUGGAGGAUACUGGAAGACGUGCAAAGAGUGGUAUGACUGGUGUUUGUGUUGGUAUGAUUUGUUUGGGUUGGUUGGGUCAAUUUGGUUAUUUCGCAUUUGGUAAUUCAAAUUCUUUAGCAAGUAUUGAUAUUUCCGGUAGUUAUACUGCUUUGAUCGAUUAUAAUCAGUAUCUUGUUGGCAUUCAAACCUUGUUAAUUGGUUAUACUUCUCAAUUGUUCUUCUUUUUCGUUUCUUUGGCUUAUGUUACCCAUUUGGCUGUCAAAUCCAUUAGCAAUAGUAAUCAUCAACAAGAACCCUCAUUAUUACCAUCACCUGGAACAAGCUCUGAUAUCAUUGAUGAAUUACAAUGGUAUGGUUUAGUUAGUGCACUAUUGGAUUGUGGUAUUCGUUGGACAAAUAUUUUCAUCUUUAGUAUUUGUAUUCUUAUUCAACGUUAUCAUCUUUUCAUUUGGACAGUUUUCUCUCCAAAAUAUAUUUAUGAAGUAUUGGAUGUAACUUUGGUUUUAAUAAAAUCAAUCCUAUUAGCUGCUUUUAUAAUUUAUCUAAGAUUAUUAUCAUUUGUAAAAGAAAAACAAGUUGAAAAUAAUUCAUUAGCUUCAUCUCAAAAUAUAAAUAAAGAAGAAUAA